ACGACACCUUUGAUGACAACAACAACUUCAAUGACAACAACCUCAAUGACAUUAAGCACACCAGAGGAUGCCAUCCUGUCAUCUGGAACUGGGAUACCCACCGUGCCUGAGAAGUUAACUCUAACUGCACCCUCAUCAACACUGGAUAAAGCCAUUGACACAAAUAAACCUUUACACAUGACAACUGUGACAAUUAGGGACACCUCUUCACCAACCACAGCUAAUCUGAGGACCGUUGUGCUUAGCACAGCCACAUCUGAGACUCAGGAAAGGGACACUACAACUGUACCCCCAACCCCAGCAACAGGCCCCACAACAAUGAGUAUGUCACCUGGCACACACCACAGCACAAUCACACAGACACCUUCCCAGCCACAGACGGACUCAAGCGACAGCAGGACUAAACUCACAACACUGCCACCACCAAGGCCCAUCACCACUGGAAUGAGAUCCUCAGUGUCCCCAAGCCCAGGGGAGGCAGACAUGACUGUGACAACAACAACAACUUCAAUGACAACACCCUCAACGACAUCAAGCACACCAGAGGAUGCCAUCCUGUCAUCUGGAACUGGGAUACCCACCGUGCCUGAGAAGUUAACUCUAACUGCACCCUCAUCAACACUGGAUAAAGCCAUUGACACAAAUAAACCUUUACACACAACAACCGUGACAACUAGAGACACCUCUUCACCAACCACAGCUAAUCUGAGGACCACUGUGCUUAGCACAGGCACAUCUGAGACUCAGGAAAGGGACACUACAACUAUACCCCCAACCCCAGCAACAGGCCCCACAACAAUGAGUAUGUCACCUGACACACACCACAGCACAAUCACACAGACACCUUCCCAGCCAGCACAGACGGACUCAAGCGUCAGCCUGGGUACAACCCAGUCAUCGGACCAUUCUACAGCCCUUGUUCCUAGCUCCUCAGAGACAACCAAAUCCUCCACUAUGAUCGGGACCAGUAAAGCACCCUCCAACUCUAACCAGAGCAGUGGUCCGGGAGGUGGCACCUGUGCUUUGGAUGAGUAUCAGGCCAGUACCGGAGGUUGUGCGUGCAAUGACAGCUACUAUUCCCACUUGGAACUGUCUAGGGAGAUAGCAACCCUGCGCUGCAGGUCACAGGACAUUGAGGUGUCUCUCCUGAGCUGCUUCCUGAAGACUCAACACUGGGUCCUGAAGCAAGAUGCCUUCGCGAAGUGUUCCAGUAUCAGUACGACAGAAGAGGGUCAUCGGGUCCAGGUCGUUCAGGUGGAGAAGAAGGAGGGAAGCUGCGGACUCCACAUCUCUACCAACAGCAGCUAUGCGGUGCACUCUUUAAAUGUGCACCUUGAACAGGCUCUCCCUGGCUCCAGCAACACUAACUUCAGAGUGCUCCACUUCAGCUGUGUCUAUCCACUGGCCGUGGACGUCAGCAAGCCUGUGUCCCACCUGGAGAUCUCCAUCCCCUCCAUCCAUGUUCCAAGUAGCGGAGAGACGGUCGUCACCCUGAGCAUCUUCACAGACUCUAAACUCUCGGCUCCACUUAAGAACAGUACAGCUCCUGUCGGCCUGCCCCUCUACGUGGUCCUCAAGUCCACCAACAAUGACCCUGACCGGUUUGUCCUGGUGGCUAAUGAGAUCUUUGCAAGUACCAACGACUCCAACGCAGAGGCUAACGACUCCACCUAUCACUUUGUGAAGGAGAGCUGCCCAGUCCAGGGCCGAAUGCUCCAGGACUUGAGCAACGGGGCUUCCAUGGAUGUGACACUGGCCUUUACUGUCUCACGAUUCUUGAAUAGUGACAUGCUUUACCUACACGCCAAAGUUACCCUCUGUGACAAGCAAGUAGGACACCCAUGCCAACCGUCUUGUAGUGGAAAGAACCCCCUGCGGAGAAAUUCACCCCCGGAUGCUCGAACUGGGACCCAGAAGGAGCCUAGCGGUGGCAAGUGGAUCGUGUUUGGACCUCUCCGAAUAAGUGAGUCCCGAGCCUCCAGCAGCGGGAACUCAGCAGGAGCCUGGAUAUCCAUCUUUCUCCUGAUCAUGAUUGGCUCGAUGCUGGAAUAAACUCUGACCCAGCCUCCUGACUCCAACCCUAGGGUGCAGUAUCUAGUUUGUUUGUGGAGACAAGGGUGGAGCAGGGGAAGAGUUGAGUCAAGGCAAGUAGUGUGGCCUCUGUUAGAUACCAGAGAAGCUGAGCAUGGACCAGUCUGUAGCUCAAUACUGGGCGCAAUGGUCUGUUGCCUGCUCAUCAUACCUUCUUUAACUGGGACUCUUGGGGGAGGGUGAUUAUACUGCUCAGUGUGAUGGGUGAAGAGUAGAGGAUUUAUGGUCAAUAAACACACGAAAUUCU